UGCGCCGGACCUUAGGGAGAUGUUCCGGACUGCCAUCAUGAUGGCUGCCAGCCUGGCCUUAACCUCCGCCGUGAUAGCUCACGCCUAUUACCUGAAGCACCAGUUCUACCCCACCGUGGUGUACCUGACCAAGUCGAGUCCCAGCAUGGCGGUCCUGUACAUUCAGGCUUUUGUCUUGGUGUUCCUGCUAGGCAAAUUCAUGGGCAAAGUGUUUUUCGGACAACUCCGAGCGGCAGAAAUGGAGCAUCUGCUCGAGCGCUCGUGGUACGCCGUGACCGAGACCUGCCUGGCCUUUACCGUCUUCAGGGACGACUUCAGUCCUCGUUUUGUAGCGCUCUUCACCCUCCUCCUCUUCCUCAAGUGCUUCCAUUGGCUGGCUGAAGACCGGGUGGAUUUCAUGGAGAGAAGCCCCAACAUAUCUUGGCUGUUUCAUUUCCGCAUUGUCUCUCUCAUGGUGCUUCUGGCCAUCCUAGAUUUCCUGUUUGUCAGCCACGCUUACCAUAGCAUCCUGACCCGGGGGGCUUCCGUCCAGCUGGUCUUUGGCUUUGAGUACGCCAUCCUCAUGACGAUGGUGCUGACCGUCUUCAUCAAAUACCUGCUGCACUCCAUCGACCUCCAGAGUGAAAAUCCCUGGGACAACAAGGCCGUCUUCAUGCUCUACACAGAACUCUUCACGGGUUUCAUCAAGGUCCUUCUCUACAUGGCUUUUAUGACGAUCAUGAUCAAAGUUCACACCUUCCCUCUUUUCGCCAUCCGGCCGAUGUACCUGGCAAUGAGGCAGUUCAAAAAGGCAGUCACGGAUGCGAUCAUGUCUCGUCGGGCAAUCCGCAACAUGAACACGCUGUAUCCCGAUGCCACCCCAGAAGAGCUCCAGGCCAUGGACAAUGUUUGCAUCAUCUGCCGGGAGGAGAUGGUGAUGGGCGCGAAACGCCUGCCAUGCAAUCACAUAUUCCAUACCAGUUGCCUCCGAUCCUGGUUUCAGCGCCAGCAGACCUGCCCCACUUGCCGGAUGGACGUCUUGCGCGCCUCCCUGCCCACCCAGUCGCAGCCGCCCCCCGAGCAGCCGGAAGGAGGGCAGCAUCCGCCCCCCCAUCAGGCCCCCUUGAUGCCUCAGCCGCCCAACUUCCCUCAAGGCCUCCUGCCUCCGUUUCCUCCCGGGAUGUUCCCUCUGUGGCCACCCAUGGCUCCUUUCCCUCCAGUGCCGGGCGUCCAGCCCCCCAAUAAUACCGACGGUGCCUCCGCGGCCGCGUCCUCCCCACCAGGAUCCCAAGGAGCAGGCACCGCCAGGCCCACCGGGGAUUCGGCCAGCACGUCGGACACCGCAACCUCCGCAGGGGCCGUGCCAGGUUUCCCCUUUCCUCCACCUUGGAUGGGGAUGCCGUUCCCCCCUCUGUUUGGCUUCCCUCCGAUGCCGGUUCCCCCCUCGGGAUUCGCAGGGCUGACGGAGGAGGAGCUGCGGGCCAUGGAAGGCCACGAGCGGCAACAUUUGGAAGCUCGGCUGCAGUGCCUGCAAAACAUCCACACUCUCCUGGAUGCGGCCAUGCUCCAGAUCAACCAGUAUCUCACUGUGCUGGCAACGAUCGGGAUGCCUCGAGCUGCCCCAACGCCCCCCAGUGCUUCAGCCCCUUCGAUGGCCCCUCCUGAGACCCCGACUAGCCCUGAAUCCAAUUCCAGUGAAGCCACCACCUCCACCUCCCAGCCACCGGACAGCACCUCUUCACCAGAUACAUCUCCAGACAAAGCAGAGGGGUCCACGCAGCCCUCCAGCCACGACGGGGACCCUUCCUCUCCGGAAGAGCCCAACGCAGCCGAACUGCGCAGACGCCGACUUCAAAAACUAGAACUGCCUUCUUCUGCCUCCCAUUGAGCGAGCCGUGCUCCCUCCCUUGCCUGACCCCGAUGGACGUUUUUUCCCCCUCCUCUUCUCUUUCCCCCACCCCAAAUAAAAUGGAAAAAAAAACGGAUUUAAGAAGACCCAGGCCCCCUCCUCCUCCUCAUUGUGACGGCAGAAAUCAGUGGGGAGGUGGGGGCCCAAAGAAGAAAAGCCGGAUGUCUUAACUCGGGCCGCCAAACUCUGACAGUGACCAGUUUCUACAGGACUUGCAGCGGUGUGGACAACAGGCCAUGUUUUAACCUUGGCUUAACACCUUUUUCGGAGGAAUCGUUAGCCGUGUCUUCGACCCGAACAAGAGACAACGCAGACUUGUCCCGUUGCACCAGCCGUAGCCCCUGGUUUCAAAUCUCUUUGUGUCGACCCGGGACGGAGCGUCAGCCUGUCGAAAAACCAGGGUUGGAGGGCGAGGGUCCCUUGUUUCAUUUGGGGGGGAAGAGAGAGAGUGUGUGAGAGAAAGAGGAAGAGAGAGAGAGGCGGUGUUUUUACUAACCGAGGCGGUUCUCAGCUUUGAGAAUUUCUCUUUUCAUUUGACGAGGGUAGAGCUUUUUUUUUUUUUUUCUACACACUUAUUUUUUGUCCUUCGGGUUUUUUUCUUCCCUCCCUUCUUCCCUCGGCUGGACACGAGAGUGUAUGUGUGCAUUAGUGCACACCUGAAUGCAUUGCACACCUGUAAAUGUUUUUGGCUUGGCCCUUCCUAAGGAAAAGCAAGAAACGGUCCUUUUGCAAGGACGGAACGAGCGGAAAUGGAAAAUUUCUAUUUUUGUAAGGUGGGUGGGUGGGUGGGUCAGGAUAGCCCAGCCGGAUGUCUCUGGAUCCGCUUUUCUCUUGCAAAAGUUUUAGCCCUGUUCUCUCUUUCCCCCCCUCGCCCCCCUCCCCAAGUGCAGCCAGCUUGGGGGGGUGGGAAAGCAGGGGGGGUGAAUAGGGAUUGUUGCACAGCUUUUGAACCAAUGGCCCAGUAAUACGGAUCUCUUUCUCUCUCUCUCUCUCUUUCGAGCUGAGCAGUUUUGCACCGCAGUAAACCUGUGACUUGAAUCUUC